UGAGACAAUAUAAUGGGAAAAUUUCCAUAGUUUAUUGACCCACUCCUCCAUUCAUCGCCGACUUUUGAUUUCAGUUCGAUUACACGCUGAUUUCGAUCUUCCACCGCUUCCUUUCCCACCGCCUCUAAAUCGAUUGGAAAAUUGAUGCCGACUCUCUUCAUCGCUUACCGCUACAUCAUCUGCCCACAAUCGUCGCCCAACACCAUCGCCAACCGGUACCUGCUUCUACCAUAUUCACACCGUCUCCACCACCGAUGGCUAUCAAAUCCACAAAAAAAUUUCAUCUGAAUCUUCUUUGGAAGUUUAAUCAAUUCAUACAGAUACAUGGGGAAGAACAUGAAGAGGAUGAACCAUAAAGGCGGUGGUAGCUAAUUCUUUUCAAAGCAAAUCCAUUGGAGUGGAGAAAAUGCAUAAAGGGAGCAAAUAUGUGUUGUUUCUAGAUGAUGAUGUCAGGCUGCAUCCUGCAUCAGUUGGAGCACUCACUGCAAAGAUGGAAAAGAGACCUGAGUUGUGCAGAUUGUGUUCACCGAAGCCUUUCAAGGGCAUUUCAACAGUAACACCUGGCAAUUCCAUCUGUUUUGAGUGCUCAAGAUCAUGUAGAUCAUGGCUAAGAAAUGCAAACUCAUCCCCAUCUUUCAUACACUUCUUCAUAUGUCUUAUUUCUCUGUUUUUGCAAGAGAAAGAAUAUUGUUUGAUCAAGUUUCAAAUGAGCAAUGAUUCCAAUUAUGUAUUUGAAGGCCUGAUUGAAAAGUGUUGCUGCGAGAUUGGCAGAAGAAAUGGGAGUCAUACUUGGGGAGGAAUUAAUGGUGAGUCAAAUGUUGUUUCAAUAACUGUCACCAAAGAAUAUGAUUACAGGAAAUGUCUGUUUUAUCGGCUAAUUUUAUGGAAGUGGGGGUUAAGAGUUGAGGCGAUAGAGGAAGAAAUUGAAUCCAUGAAGGAAUCGAUGGCCAGCUUACAGGAUAACCUGAAGGCUCAACUCACAACUCAGAUCGCACCACAGAUGGAAGAACUUACCAAGAAGUUUACAGACAUAGCAACAGAAACCAUUAAAACAACCAUAUUUGAGUCUGGAAGCUUCAUCAGAAGAGAUGAUGAUACGCCAAAGGGAACCCCUAAGAGCGGUGGUGGCUCUGGUAGGGGUGGUGUGUAA